AUGGAGCGCCUGGACAAACCGGAGGACGGUCCGCCAGACACUGUCUUGGUAGAAUUAGGGGUAGCAGGGGCAAACCUGCCGGCACAUAGAUUCAACCUGCGUUCCAGCAACGUGUCGUCCAAUCCUACGACUCCUUCCCAUCGGGUGUCCAAACCUAGUCCGCGCAAUCAUGGCCCCAAGAACAAAGGCAAAAAAUCCAAGAACGCACAGAAGCGUGAGAACAAGAAAAAGAGAAAGGAAAUGGCGCUCCGAUUUGAUGACCCCAAGUUUGCGAACAUAGCCGAGCGCAUCGGGAUGGCGGAGGCUUUGGAGUAUCGUGGAUGGCUAGACCAGAAGAAGAUGAAGGCUCGGCUUCACAGAGCGGCGAAGAGACGCUGGAAGGGCAUAGGCCCCGAGGCCACCGAGGAGGCCAAGUUGGAAGCAAUUACUAAAGGUAAGCAGUCCUACCAUCCCUUGAGAUUCAUCCCUGUCCGUCGUUGA